CGCAACAAGUUAGAGGAAAUGUGAUCUGCUUGGGCUUGUUCACUGCAGUGACAGCUCAACUACUCCGAAUACAGCUUUCUCUCUCAGACUACCUUUAACCACGGACCGCUGCUUGUUGAAGAUGUGGACGUUCGCCCGAAUUUCAGUUUGUUAAAUCUAUGGAAGUGGCAUUUACUCGAGUACCUAUAGCCUCUACCCGUAGCGUCUCAGGCUGGAGAAGAUGACGGAGCACCAGGAGCCGGGCGAUGACAUCAGCAUCCUGCUCCCCCACGAGCUGCCAGACCCCCCCAGGGACGAGGAGGCACACUGCCCCCCACAGUUCAGACUGCAGCUCAUCGAUGACCUGUCUUAUGAAGACGUGAAGAAAUGUUACCGGGGCUCGACGGUGAGCAAGUACAACUCCCAGUAUCACAAGCUCUUCCAGACUGUUCCCAAGGAGGAGAUCCUCAUGAAAGUGUACUCUUGUGCUCUCCUCAGGGACAUCCUGCUGCAGGGGCGUCUCUACAUCUCACGCAAUUGGCUGUGUUUCUACGCCAACCUGUUUGGGAAGGACAUCAAGGUGGCCAUACCGGUGGUGUCUGUCCGGCUGGUGAAGAAACAUCGAACCGCGGGCCUGGUGCCCAACGGCCUGGCCAUCACCACCGACACCAGCCAGAAGUACGUGUUCGUGUCCCUGCUGUCCAGGGACAGCGUCUACGAUGUCCUCCGGAGGAUCUGUACACACCUGCAGGUGAACGGUAAGAAGAGCCUGAGUCUGAAGCUAUACCUGGAGGAACCCAGCUCCCUGUCCAUGGAUGAGUUCCCUGUGGUGGCCGACUUCCCCCCGGUGUUGAAGUGGAGGAGGCAGCCAUCAGUGCCCUCGGUGUCCUCCUCCCUCCCAGACCUGCUGGGAAAUUCCACCAGUAGCCUGAGCACUGUGGACACGCCCUACCCCGCAGAGGCUCCGCUCACUGACCGCGGUCUGGAGACAGAGAAGAUCCUGCUGACCGAACCAGCCCCAGAGCUGGGACACCUAGAGUACCAGCUGCUCAAGUUCUUCAUCCUGCUCAUCGUGCUCCUCAUCCUGUCCUCCUGCUACCUGGCCUUCAGAGUCUGCAGCCUGGAGCAACAGCUGGCCUUCCUCAACACACACUCCACCCUGCCCCUGAGAGAGAGGUAACCCUCACCCAUCCCCAUUGGACGGACGGCCUGUCAGUCACAGAGUUCACCUGCCAACAGAGUCUUGGUUCUGUGACCUGUUCCCUCUGUCGCCCCCUUCUUGCCCUCCCCUGAGAAGUCUCAAGACCAACCAAGACUGAAGAGAAACACAGCACCUACACUGGCAGCCCUCUAGAGGUGCUAGCGAGGCAAUAACUCCUCUCUCCCAUCCCCAGAGACACUGGCUGUUUAUAAAUCCGAAGAACGCUAAGAACGUACUUGCGUUCUUGAGAAGAACGUUCUUGCCAAGUGUCUUCCGAGAACGGUCUUGCAAGACCGCGGGGACGGAGAGCGAUUUGAGAUGCGUGUGUUCUUGCAAUGACUUCUGGGAAAUCCGAUGCGUUCUCGCUGACCAAGUCACCAUCCGAUGCAUCCCCGAUAAAAGGGGUGGAUCAAGAACACUUUCGGGUAUUUUUGGUGUUCUUGGUGACUUGUGUUCUUUGGAUUGGAACCGUACUUGGGCAAUGAAAGAUGACGUCAAACAAGUUCUCAAGAACACAAGAAUGGAGAAAAAUGUGGAUUGAUAAAAAGCCACUAAAAUCCACAGACAAGAACGCUAGGCAGGAAGGAAUCUGAGAGAGAGCAUUCCAAAAGAGGGUUGAACAUGCCAGGUGUCAAUGGGACUGUGCUAAAAUACUUGGAUGCUCAUUUUAAUAGCCUUGAUUAUUCCAGGGCUCUUACAAUCCUCUUUUUGAUUCAGCUGACUGUUCGCAACUUGACAUUCCAACCAGGAAGUUAACCUGAACAGUUCAAACAUUUCACACGCAAGUCAUGUAGCUCAGUCAAGCAACAUGUUGACUGAGCACAGGCUGUGAGUCAUGUGUGUUCCUGAAACACACAUGAAAAAUGAGAAACAUCACUGUAGAUUGUUAUCAAAGGUCUGUCUGUGAGAAUUCUGAGGUGUUGUUUUAUCAAGCAAAUGUAGAGUAAUGGUACUGUUUGUUGGGUGAAUGUGUGUGUGUGUGUAUUUAUGUGUGUGUAUUCAACAUAUCUUGCAUCAUGGUUAAGACUAUUAUGGUAAGGAGUCUCUUCUGUUUAGAAGACAAUGCCAGCUGCAUGUAGUCAUACUGCCAGGUCCCUGUAGUCGUCUGUGACACUGCUGCAUGCAUGAAUCCCAUGGAACACACUACAUGAUGCAGGCUUUGGAGUUGAAGGCUAAGAAUGUAUUGGAGAGAGGAGAGGAAGAGCUUGCUGUUCAGAGACAGUGGGAGGAGGUGUGUCGGGAUGGAAAGUACUUGAAAUUGAAUCGUGCAUUUCAGAGUUUUAAAAGGUAAAGAAGAAGCUGUAGAAUUGCAUAGAAACUGUGUGUGUUUUGCGUCUGACUGAUACAUAUCUGGUAGGCUGUAGGUUUGGAGUACUACUAGUGCACACUGAAACUUUGGAGCCAAGACUGUAUGUAUUUAUGUGUGUAUUUUUGUAUUUGAGGCAGAGAGGCAUGCUGUUGUUGUGUUUUUGUAAAAGGGUGUGUAUUGUUCUCUGGAGUGUUUUGGCCCUGGGAUCUCACCGUAGAGCAGAAGUACCCUGACAGGGCGUCACCUGGGAUCUCACCGUAGAGAGAGUACCUCACUGCAGGACUCUGGAGGAUAAACAAAUUCGAAAUACUUUUAGACUAUAAAGUUUUUAAAGUCUGUGUCGUGUUUGAGGAGAUGUAGUCAUAUUUGACACCAGGUUAUCCGUUGCUGAAGUCUGUUGAUGAUAACUCAGUUAGGGAGACCGCAUGAGUGUUUGAAUGUGAUCAUUGCAGGUUUACUUUUAUAUAACUUCACCAAUAAACAUGAGAUAUGUUCUAUCACAACUGUUCCUUUUAUAAGAUAGGAGAAAGAAUGUUGAAAAACUCUAGCAGAAUAAGUCUUCAACAAAACCAUCUUGUCAUGAAAACCUCCAUGUUUGCGUAUUGUAGUAAUACACCCUAUUGGAGUGGAAUGUAUCACAUUGUGCUGUGGUUUAUUUUUUCAAAAGGUAAAGAGCCAGGUUUCUGGCCCUGUUUGUUUACCGUGCUUAUUAUCAUAGGUUCAUGGAAAGGUCAGUGGUGGGUUUGGUGGUCUAGUCUAGACUUG